AUGUUCCAGCUCCUGCAUGUUCCUGCGUUGUGGUUCCACCUCCUCGUCCUCCCUUCGGUGCUGUGUGACAACCUGCGGUGCUACUACAGCCCCGUCCUGGACAAACAGGCGGAGGUCGAGCUCAUUGUGACCGAGUGCCCUCCUGACGAGCUGUGCUACAAGGCAGUCGGCCGCUACGGCAAUCACAGCGCCCUGUCGGCCAGGGGCUGCAUGGCGAAGAGGGACUGCAAGCAGGUGCACAAGCUCCGCUUCAGGGGAACCGUCUACACCAUGACCUACGCCUGCUGUGACGGGCCGUACUGCAACUCCUGCCCGGCGGUCACAGCCGGUCUCCUCUCCAUCACUCUAACACUAGUCAGUGUAGCUGUGGCGGUCGGCAGCUUGUGA